AUGGAAACUGCAUACAGCUUGGCACUGGCGGAUUUGGUUUCGCUAGAGCACGAUGUGGUCCCCUACAUCAUGGAUUGGCCUCAAGUUCCGGCAGACGACGGCGAGCCCGAAGCGGCCGUCCUUGUGGUGCUGAAAAGGCCUGGAGGGUUCCUAGCUGCGGUUCCGGUUGGUUUCAUGCCCGAAGAGGUUUUGGCCAAUGGCAACAUGGAUCCUCCUCCUGGUGUGGUAGGGCCUUCAACAGUUUUGCGGCUUCCUGGGAUGGUGUUGGAGAAUGGAGUUUUGGCGCCCACCGGGUCUCUCAUGUCGGUCGUUGUAGUCGAUCUGAACGAGAGCGUGGUGGCGCAACUGCGGCCAGUGGAUGCCGGCGAGGCCUACCCCUUCUCCUUCGAUGCAGAUCAGCCGUUUGCUGUGCCUCAUCCUCAGCUGCUUAUAACCUCUGCUCGGGAGUGGGCGGAGGCCAGCGGGGAGACUUCGCAUCGGGCCUAUUUGUCAGUGGAGGAGGCCGCAGAGGGAGUGCCAGUUUUGGACAUCGAGGAACAGGCCGACGACCCGCCUGUGAUACCUCGGCCGGCUGCAAGACGCAGGGCAAAAGCUCCAGCGCCUGGGCCAGAGCGGCCUAUGUCAGGCGCAAAGCGGCCCACAGUUGCCACUUUGGCAUCCUCCAUGGAACAGCUGCUGAUGAUGAACGAAGGCUUCACCAAGAACUUGGAGUCCCUCACACAGCGCCAGAUUGCGUUGGAGAAGCGAGUUGCCACCCCAACAGCCCCAGAGGCCGGCCCCAGUGUGACUCUGCGCCAGCCUAUCUCUUCGGCAUUGAUGCCACAGACCUCCAGUUUGGGAACAAUAGCUCAGCAGCUUGGUACGCCCCCAAGGACUCUUGCACCUACAGCACCGGGUCUGUUGGGAUCUCCCUUGGUGCGCCCCAACGAGCUGCAAGAAUUGGAGGACGAGAAGAGAGAGGGAGGCCAAUCUUCCUCGUCAGAUCCGCUGGCUCAGGCAGUGCUGGCACAGUCUCAGGCGUUGACGGCUUUGGUGGCACAGAUCGCCGAACAGAGCGGCGACCCAAUGUUGGAGCUCAGCACAACUGGAGCCUCAUCUGGGACGCGUGGAGCACAAGGACGAGCCCGGCUUCAAGCAGAGCUUGCGGCGCAGAAGGGAAGCUUUUUCACUUCGGUCUUGGCGGCCAUGUCAAGGCGGAUGUGCCCCACAAUGUCACCGGAGGGCAGCCCUCAGGAACUGAUGGACAGAGGUAUCUGCGGAACCCGCUACCUGGAGCGGUUUGGUGGCUACGGGAAGGUGAGGGAGCUUGGAUGCUUGCAGUAUCAAGUCAUGUCCAUCAUGGAUUGUCUGCAGACGCAGAAUUGGCAGGCUGCCCGGGAUCAGACCGCCCUUUUGGCAGUCACCCUGGAUCAAGCAGCAUUGGACUCUGGCAAGUUCGACCUGGCUCAAUUGCUUUGCCUACCGGAGGAGCCUCCCUCGACUAUCUUCACAAGUCGCCAGGGCAAUAUCCUGGCAAAGCCGCGGGCCUUCUCGCCUUUAGCGGAUCAAAAAUGGUCAAAGCCGGCAAGGGACAUUCGGCAACAGCUCUCUGACGGACGCAAGUCCAGGCCAGCCCAAAGCAAAGCCUGCAGCGAAGAAGAAAGCCAAGGGAGGAGGAAGAGGAGGCCAAAAUCAGCCAGCAGAGGCAGACGAAGCCUGAGCCCUGGAGACAAGAGCAACAACAAGGCAGAUGUGACCGACAAUCCUUUGCAAGCUCAGAUCAGUUUUCGCCAAUGGGCGAUCUGUUUGCCUCGUUGGAUUUUGAGGUCGAGGACAACGUUUUCUCACUGCCUUGCCCGUUCCUUUGCUGCCUUGAGCCGAUCUAACCAGACGGCUUCCACAGUUUUUCCACUGCCCCUACCCCAUUUGGAUUGCUUUCGGUGCAGUGGCCCUGGACUUUCCCAAAAGCGACUUUGGACUUUGGCCAAGAAGCGUCUUCUGAAUAUCUGGACUUUGGUUUUGGAUUUCAUGUUCCUUGGAAGAUGGCCGUCGCUUGAGGAGCUCAGGAGGUCCCCGUCUGUUGAGCAAUGUGCCGUGUUUGACAGACUGCGGACUAUGAUAGCUGUGUGUGGUGACGCCCGGGAGUUGGUUUCUUUGUGCCCUGGUCGAACCGGCCCUGAACUUGGUUCCAACCUGUUCCAGCUGGAGCGUUUCUGUGAUGGCUGUCCGGAUCUGGCCUCCGGCUACUUGCAUGGUCCUUGUCGUCCUUUCACCCCAGACCCUGGCUUGUUGUCUGUGAGUGAACACCCUGAGCUGUUGCCCUAUCGGUCGCUCGAUGUCUGUCGUUUGAAGCUGGUAGGCGAGGGGAAAUGGCCUAUGGAAUCCUUUUUGAAUGGCCCCCUUUGGUUGCCCUUCCAAGAGCCUGCGUUUCUGUGUCAUGGUCUUGAGGUUCCAGUCGGAGAGAUACCCAAUUUUGCAGCUGAGAAACCUGAGGAGUGCUUGAAGCUUGCUCGUCUUUGGGAUGGAUGCUCUGCCUUGAUGGAUUUUCGCAAUCAGUUUGGAGUCAGAAAAUCGGGUAGGGAACAAGCCGUUUCCUCGCGGGCCCUUGUGAUUGACGACUAUUUUUGCCUGAGCUCUGAACGACUUUCCAAUGACCCUGCCAAUGGAUUUGCACGAAAGGCUCUGGACUUGGCCCGUGACAGCUAUGAUGCCAGCAAUCUCCUUGGCUCUCCUGAGAAGGAUGUCUGCUCGGCCUCGACUUUGAAAGCUGCUGGAGCUGAGAUUAGAUCCGGUGAGACAAAUGUGCGCCGUGGUUUUGUGCCUGUAGCUGCCCCUUUCAGCAAGCGCUUGGCUCUGUCUGUUUUGUCUCUGCGCACUGCUGUUCUCCCUGGCGUCACCGCUGGUCUUUUUGCGCGUCUCCUUGGGAAGUGGGUUUCGGUCUUGCAGUUCCGAAAGCUUUGGUCUUCCUUGGUUGAUGAGGCUUUUGUCUUCAGUGCGCAGUGCCAAGCAGCCCCUACUCAGGUCCACCAACUGACCAGGAAGAUCGCACAGGAGAUAUGCAUGCUUGCGGCAGUAGCCCCCCUUCUCAUGACCAACAUAGCUGUGGAUUACCUUGGUGAGGUGUUUGCUACGGAUGCUUCCUCCGACAAAGGCGCCAUCAUUCAGGCUCCCAUUCCCAGGACCACUGAGACGAUUCUUUGGCUUGACUCUGAUCAAAAACCUGGGUAUGUGCCCUUGGACAAUCCUUUUCGUGCGCUCUUGCGUGGGCUUGGGGAGUUUGAUGGAGAAGAGAGCUUGCCCCCUGAAACCUGUGAGGUUGAAGGUCCUUUCAAAGCUCCUUUGAUGUACUAUGACUUUGUGGAGAUCUGCGGGGGGGCUGGAAAGAUCACCUCUGCCAUGGCGUCCUUUGGUUUUGUCUGUGCCCCGGUAUUGGAUUUGUCCGAGUCCAGACAUUAUGACCUGUCGUCCUUGCGGCUUUUGGAAUGGGCCAUCUACAUGAUUGAGGAGGACAGGUUCAGAAGUUUCUUUGUGGAGCCGCCCUGCACAACAUUCAGCCCUGCAGCCCACCCUGCUGUGAGAUCCUAUCGGGAGCCCUUGGGUUUUGACAGGGCCAACCCAAAAACGUUGCAUGGGAACACCUUGGCUUUUCGAGCGCUUGUCCUGUUGAGGGUUGGCAGACGCUGCCGUAGACCUUGUGGGCUUGAACAGAGUAGGCUGUCCAAGAUGUGCUGGCUCUCCUUCUGGAAGACCCUUCUCAGCUGUGGAUUUUCCGAAGCGGUCAUUGCCUCUUGCAUGUUCAAAAGCAUUCACCGUAAGGAGUUUCGGCUGUUGUGUUACCUGUUGGACACGGAGUUUCUGGACGUCAGGUGCUGUGGGGGUCAUGCUCAUGUCCGUAUUCAGGGAGCUUAUACCAAGCCUUCAGCAACCUACACAGAUGGUGUUGCGCUGCACAUUGCCGAGGCCUUCCGCCGAGCUCUGAGGUUGCUGUCUGCAAGUCAGUGUCUGGAGCCAAACACCGUCGGUCAUGAGUCUGUCCUUGCGAAUGACGUUAUGGUCACGUCGAAGUGGACUUUGGUGAGAGAGUGGUUUUGGAAGAAACCAGGCCAUAUCAAUGUCCUGGAAACCUCUGCUGCAGUGUCCAACCUUGUGUCUCUUUCCUUGCGUCGGUCGUCGGUUCGCUUCUGUCAUUUGGUUGACUCUGCCGUUGCGAGAGGAGCUUUAACCAAAGGGCGUUCCCCGUCGCGUGCUCUCCAACCUCUUGUGAGGAAAGCUGGUGCCAUCUGUGUCUGUGGUGAUUUGUAUCCGUCUUGGGGUUACUCUCCCACCAGGCUCAAUGUUGCCGAUGACCCCACCCGGGAUAGGCCUGUGAGAUCUGCUUGGACUGCCUCUCUGGUUCAGCAUGGUUGCCCUUGGGAUGUUCUGAGGCGAGAUGGCACGCGUGGUCUCCGGCGUUUCUCUGCCAACUGGGUGCGUCUAGUACUUCUUGUCAUCCUCCUGCCGAGCUCCGUCGAAGCCUAUGGAUUUUGCUCCCCUAGCCUGUCUUGGACCUUCUCUGUCUCUGUUGACUUUGGCUAUGGACUUUCGUUCUCAUGCUCAAGCUGGAUGCCUAGGCUCUGUGAUGGAUUUGGCUGGCUUGUGGAAUUUGCACUCGGCCUUGAUUUCCCUUUUGGCCUUCGUCCGGCCUUCAUUCCCACUUGGAUUUCAGCCGUGGGACUUUUGGUUUGCUGCGUGUCUGUGUUGGGCUUUGUCCUUUGUAAAGUUGCACACAGUAAAACACGUAGGCCCCCCAAAAAUAGGUUCGGCCGUAGGUUUAGCCUAACACGGGCAUGGGUAAUCGCCAUGGUUCUUUGCAUUCAUGCUGCAUCUGGCGCUCCUAUCGAGCCAUGUUCAAAAGCUGACCGGGACCGAGUUUUGCAGAGGGCUGGCACUGCAAUCAUUUCCACAAGGGCAGUCAGAGAACAAACCAGAGACAAGCGGCGCAUUUACCUGGAAAGAUUCCGCAGCUGGCUAUGGAGUGAGAAAGGAGUGUCCCUGAAGUUUUUGCUGGAAGUAAAACCUCCAGACCCUGAACGCAUUUCAAAUCUGCUGAUCGAAUACGGCAGGGCUCUUUAUGCUGGGGGAAAAAGCUAUGGGAUUUUCUCGGAAACCAUCAACGCCAUAGCAGUUGAAAGGCCGCUGAUCAGGAGGCAGCUGAAUGGAGCGUGGGAUCUGGCUUUUGCCUGGCUGUCAGAUGAGCCUACGCAGCAUCACCCGGCAAUGCCUCUUACUGUUCUUGCGGCAAUGGUGACAGCAGCGCUGAUGUGGGGGUGGCCACACGAAGCGGCGGUGCUGCUCAUUGGUUGGACUGGCAUUAUGAGGAUUGGGGAAAUUUUAGCAGCUACAAGAGCCGAGCUGAUCUUGCCUUGUGACUCAGCUCCCGGCACCCCCUUCGUUUUAGUUGUCAUUAGACAACCGAAGACACGGGGCAGGGCGGCCCGUCACCAAGCUGCUAGGAUCGACCAAUCUGAUGUCAUCCAAUUUUUGACAAAGAUGUAUGCCCGUGCAGAUCAUGCAGACAAGCUGUGGCCGUAUUCAGCCUCGACUUUGCGGAAGAGAUUUUCUCAGUUGCUUGGGGCACUCAACCUACCUGACCGGAGGGCUGCAGAUCCGGAGUUGGUAAGGCGCAGGGGACGUUGGUUGAGUGCCCGCACGAUGGAAAUCUACCUGCAGGAGGUCAUGGUCACCACCUUCGAAGAGAAGAUCAACCCUAAGACAAGGGCCCUAAUUCAUUUGUUUGCUGGUGGAUAUGCGAUCACCCUCGAGCGCAUCAUGGCUUUUCUUGAGUGUGGAAUCCCACCAGGUGCAUGGUAUUAUCUACUCAGAGGUGCAGAUGGCUUUGAGCAAGGCAUUGGAAAGACUGGGGUGGAUGGUAGCAGGAAGACCUCUCAUGCCAACAAUCACCGGCAGAGAGCUCAUACAACUCCCUUUCAAGGCGGCAAAAAGGAGAGCGGCUACCUGAUGACAGGUUGCCAAUUGAAUGAUGCCGGGGCUCAAGCCCCCUCCCGUCCCGUCCCAGACUACACCUCUGAGUGGUAG